GAUUUUUCCGGCGGCUAUUUUGAGUGCUCUUCGAGAGUCUCUCUUCAUUGCUAUAAGGAGAUUUGUUGUGCAAGACAAACCUUCCCUGAAAUCGUAUUGUUCGCUGUUUAACAAGUUGUUGGUUUCCAAGAAUGUCAUUGUGGUCUUUUUGACUAUUCUUCUCAGUAUUUUAACCACAACACUGGUGUCUUUCACAUAAAUGGAUUACUCAAGUGAUCCACUGACAGAUUGUCAGUCUCAAAUGUUAUCGUUCUGGGAUCUCAUACGUGUUGAAAUAGAUGGUCUAAAAUGUGACCAUGCCGCUUUCAAAACCCAGGACUUACCACUGGCUCGUAUUAAAAAGAUUAUGAAGUUGGACGAUGAUAUCAAAUGUAUGAUGAUAAGCGCUGAGGCACCUAUAUUGUUCGCAAAAGCCGCUGAGCUUUUUAUACGAGAACUAACGUUGAGGGCAUGGAUCCAUACAGAACGUAACCGUCGGCGUACUCUUCAAAGAAAUGAUAUAGCAAUGGCAGUCAGUGAUGGCGACACAGAUCAAUUUGAUUUUCUUAUUGAUAUUGUACCACGUGAAGAAGCAAGAGGACAUCGUCGGCCAACGCAAACAACCUCAGCUUCAAAUGCUAAUGGGAAUUCAACGAAUAUGAAGUCGGAAAAUCCUUCACAUAGAAAUAAUUUUCUUACGAAUACAAAUGAUACUCACUCAUUAUCUCUAGGACAAAACUCUGGUCAAAUGGUCGUCUCCGGUUUGUCCAAUGAUGUUACAGGAUCUUCAACCCAACCACAAACAGUAACUGUUGCUCUGGCAUCUGCGGCCCUUGCCGGGGCAACAUCUGUUAAUUCAGCCAUUCCAUGUCAAACAUUAGUGCAGCAAAAUCAACCUACAGCUGUUCAUUUUACAACGAUCUCUUCUGGGAAUGGUUUAGCCAUCGCCCAGUCUUCAGCUAAUUCUGGGUCAACUGUAAUAGCAGCUUCAGCACCUAAUGCCACCACAGUCGCUACCACCGCAGCUCCUUUGCAAUAUGUUCUUCAACUUCCGGUUGGCACAGCGGGAGCAUCAGCUGGUCAGCCGUUUCAAAUACAAGUCCUUCCCCAACAUUUUCAGACUGCUAACACUGACGCUGUUUCUGCCGGUCAAGCUGGUGCUAUCCUUGCCGAUGGAAAUACACUUCCUUUAGUUCAAGUUGUCUCUCAACCCGGUGGCAUAGCAGUUCCAAUCAUUCAAGAGGCUGGUGGCAGUCGAACUCAAAUUUUACAGCUUCAGAUGCCAGAAUCAACUGCUGGUCAACGACCGACCUUGUUUCUACAGCAAGCCGGUGCUCUGCUAGGGACUCACAUGGGUGCAGUAAUUGCCAGUGUAGAUGGUCAUUCUCAACAAAUUAUGUACAGUUUACAAGCACAACCUCUGGUUUCUUCAAACUCUUCAUCAAGAGCCCAAGUUCUUCUUUCAUUGGAUGAGGCAUCUGAAUGUAUCUCAUCUAUUGCAGAUUCAAACUGUAUAACAUCUAAUAACAGUAUCCAUGCUGGUGCUGCUCAGUUAUUAGAUGAAGCAGCUAGUGAAUUAGAUAUUGCAUCAUCUGUUGCUGUACCACAUUCAGUAAGUACUGAAAUACUUGGACCUAAAGAUUACACUCCUCAUUCUACGGAGCUUGAUCACAAGCCGGUUAUAAACUCCGGUAGUGUUAUGAUUACUGAUGAUCUUGUAGGUCUAACCGAAGGUCAAGCAGUCGAGAUUCACACCGUAGAGUCAAAUAACAGAGAGCGCUUGGAGUCUGGAGUUGACAGUAGUAAUCCGCACCCAACUGUUAUUACAGAUGAUGAUGAAACCGUUUGAAACGAACACUUUGUCAUAUUCUUAAUGUUGUCCAGUUUUAUUCUUUGCUUCAAAAUACAUGUAUGUAUAUAUGCAUACCACUACAGAACAAAUUUCGUCCUGUUAACGUAACUCGUCUAUAACAUGUUUCUUCAACGUUUUAUUUGCUCACAGCUAUGCUAUGUAUUAAAAAUGUGUGUUCAUAAACUAAAGACCGCUAUAUUCUAUGAAUCGUGUGAAUAACUAUGCCGAAUACGAAAUAUUAUAAUAAUUCUAUAUAUACCUUUCAGUCUAAUUGUUUAUAUGAGAUUUUAAUGUUCGCAUAUUUAAAAACGUUUACUCCAAAAUAUCUUGUUUGGUUUUAUUUUCAAAACCUAGUAUUUAUGUUACUUCGUUUAUUAAAUUAUUAUUUGCUUC